AUUGGAUACAAUAUUUUACAAUCAAAACUUCACAUAAUGGCUUUCCAACAUUCUUACAUCUUAAUCUUGCUCUUCCCAUUACUCACUCAACUAACCCAAUGCCGUUUAACACAAGACACCUUUAACACAGCUUUUGAAACUUCAUCUAAUUCUUACGGUUAUGAAGGAACCAAUUGGGCGGUACUUAUUGCUGGUUCCCAAGGAUAUGGUAAUUACAGACACCAGGCUGAUAUUUGUCAUGCUUACCAAAUCUUAAAGAGGGGAGGUCUCAAAGAUGAAAAUAUUAUUGUUUUCAUGUAUGAUGACAUAGCUUAUAACGAAGAAAAUCCGAGAAAAGGAAUUAUUAUCAAUAACCCAAAAGGAGGUGACGUUUACAAAGGAGUUCCUAAGGACUACACGGGCAAAAGUUUGACUAGCCACAAUUUUUUGGCUGCUAUACUUGGAAAUAAAACAGCUAUAAAAGGAGGUAGUGGCAAAGUUGUAAAUAGUGGCCCAAAUGAUCGUAUUUUUAUUUACUAUUCUGAUCAUGGAAGUCCUGGUGUACUCACGAUGCCUAAUGAUGAUGAUUUAUAUGCCAAAGACUUCAUUAACACCUUGAAGAAAAAAUACCAAAUGGGAACAUACAAAAGCAUGGUGAUAUAUGUAGAAGCUUGUGAAGCAGGUAGCAUGUUUGCGGGUUUGAUACAGAAAGAAUGGAAUAUAUAUGUGACAACCGCAUCAAAUCCUGAAGAAAGCAGUUGGGCAACAUAUUGUCCUGGCUCUGAUAAGAGUGUUCCCUCUCAAUAUGAUACAUGUUUAGGAGACUUAUAUAGUGUUGCAUGGAUGGAAGAUAGCGACUCGCAUUAUAGUCAGUCAGAGACGCUGAAACAACAGUAUCAAGUGGUAAAAGCUCGGACUUUAGCAGCAGGAGACGAGGGAUCUCAUGUGAUGGAAUAUGGUAGUAUGGAGUUUACGCAGGACACUCUUUCAGUUUACAUGGGAUCAUCAGCUCCUGUUACUGGCCAUAAACAUCACAAAGGUGGUAACCACAAUCCCCCUACUUCACUUAUCCCUGUUGAACAACAUGAAGCUGACAUUCUCUAUUUGAAAAAUAAGGUUUUAAGAGCACCAGAGGGGUCUCUUAAGCGUAAAGAAGCACAAAAAGAAUUAGAUGCGGCAUUGUCACAUAGAGAGAACGUAGAUUGUACCUUUGAAGAAAUUGGAAAAUCUCUAUUUGGUGAUGAAAAUGGCAUUACCAUGAUUAAGAAAGUCCGACCUAAUGGAAACCCUAUUGUUGACGAUUGGGAUUGUUUCAAAACUAUGGCUGCUACCUAUAAGACACAUUGUGGACAGCUCUCCACAUAUGGAAAGAAGCAUAUGAGGGCCUUUGCAAAUAUGUGCAAUGCUGGAAUUCAACCAUCUCAAUUGGCUAAAGUUGCAUCACAACUUUGUGGAAAAUAAUUACUUAUUAGUUCUUUUAAAUCUGCUACAUAAUACAAAUUAAAAUAAAAGUUAAAUAUUAUGUAGCAAAUUUAAAUGAAAAAAAAUACUUAUUUAAUAGAAGUAGUGAUUAACUUGUCUUACUCAAAUAAAUAAAUAAAUAAAUAUGAAAGCACAAAGCAAUAUGUUUGUAUAAAGAAUGAAAGUUAGUGUGAUGUGAUUAUAGUAGAAUACGCACUAAAGAUGCGCAUGCCUAAGUGUAUAAUAUGAUGAAGCUACAAGUAUAUGCUUGAUGUUUGUACAUCAACUAUCUACAAGCAAGGUAGUGAUUAAUCUAUUAUUAAUACUUAAUGUACUUUCAUCAUGGUGUUGGUAAGA